CCGCCACCGAGGCUCAGUCAGUUUUUUCGUCGUAUUUAUUAUUGUUGAACCAAGUUCUUUGUUUUUUACUUACUGACUGCAGUUUGAAUGCACAUGCACUGAUUACUAGACAUAUAAGUAAACAUCAGCCAAUACAGGAAAUUGCACAAAGUCGUCGAUGGCGUUGUAGAUUAAUGAGUAAUUCGGCUAUUUGAAAAUAACAAUAGUGCAAUUCAAUGCCGGAAAGCAGUGACACCCGGCCCUUGGUGGGCGCCCAGGACGAGGAUGACGAGAUCCUGGGCUCGGAAGGCAGCUUCGUUCCCGCCUUUCGUCCGCAGGAUCACCAGGAGUACAACCUGGCGGAUGAGCGAUGCCUCCUGGAGCGCCAGCAGGACGAAGUGGUCCUGGUGUCCAACGAACCCACCAGCGGCCGCCUCUUCACCUACUUCGUGUUCUACCUGCUGGGCAUUGGGACCAUGACCCCCUGGAACUUCUUUGUGACCGCCGAAGAUUACUGGAAGUACAAGUUUCGGAAUGCAUCGAUUAACGCCACCGAUCCGGACGAGGAGCUCACCCCGCUGCAGAAGAGCUUCACCUGCGACUUGGCUUUGACGGCCACUAUUUCGGGAACUACCUUCCUACUGCUGAAUGCCAUUUACGGCCAUCAUGUGUCGCUGCGGACCAAGAUGCUGGGCACGCUGUGGGUGAUCCUCGUAUUGUUUGGGGUCACCACUGGCUUCGUGGAGGUCAACACGGAUACGUGGCAGGAGCAGUUCUUCCUGAUAACGCUCAUAAUUGUGGUGCUGCUAAAUGUAUCUGCUGCUACCAUGUCUGGAGCCCUUUACGGAGUCGCAGGACUGUUUCCCUCCGAAUUCAUCACCGCCGUGGUCAGCGGACAGGCCCUGGGAGGUAUUCUAACUGCCCUGGCCUUCAUUCUUGUGCUUGCUUUUGACACGGGCCCCAAUACUACCGCUUUCAUCUUUUUCAUCGUGGGCGGAGUGCUCAUCCUGCUGUGCAUUGUGUGCUACGUCAUCCUGGCGAGACAGCCCUUCUUCAGGUAUUACCUCGAGGGUGGCGACAAGUACACGGUCAUCCGGGCAGUGCCUUCGCACAGUCGGAAUGAAGGAGCAGAGGGCUUGCCGCUCGAACCAAUUCUGCGGCAGGUCAUGUCGAAGAUAUAUUUGCACGCCGCUUGCUUAGCGCUUCUCUACACUACUACACUGUCUGUCUAUCCGGCGGUUACAGUGCUAAUGCAGUCUGAGCAUGAACACAGCGAGUGGACAGAUGUCUACUAUUUGCCCGUGGUAAACUAUCUGAUCUUCAACUGUGGCGACUAUUUUGGGCGUCUUUUUGCUGGCUGGCUGGAGCGACCCAUAAACCAAAACACCUCGCUGUUAUUUACCGUGGUGCGCAUGGCGUUCGUUCCGUUCUUCCUGUGUUCCAACUCCAGCGAGCACAACUUUCUUCCCGUUUUGGUGAAGCACGACUACUCUUUCAUUGCAAUGAUGGUCUUGUUUGCCUUGUCCAACGGCUACUUUACAAACAUACUACUCAUAAUGGCACCAAAAAGUGUAAAGAAGCACGAAAAGGAGCUGGCUUCCUCAAUUAUGGCGGCCGCUUUGAGUUGCGGCAUGGCUGUAGGAUCGCUGCUCAGCCUGGUAUUUGUUCAGAUGCUGUGAUCUCGCCAACACAAUGAGUCUGCCGAUGGUGCCUUAGGAAAUUAUAGAAUCUUUAAGCUUAUAGUGUCAUUUUACCUGGUAUUGUUUCCAUAUCGUAUAAGUAAGAGGUGUUUUCGAAGUCUUUCUAAUUCUGCUCAACUCUUUUUUUUAUCAUCUUUACUGUUUCAUUUUGUUAAGAUGUAAGUUUUAAAGUAUUUUUAUGUGCUAGAAAUAAGACAAUUUUUUAACCAAAUUCAAAACGCUGCUAUUUUCUUGGUUUAACGUUUAUUUUAGUUUUUCUGCGGAUCACAACAACAAUGUGGAUCAAUUUUAUUUGUUUUCCUUUUGACAUUAUUCUUUGAUUUAACUAAUGAACUCCAUGGUAACAUUGACUGCAAAGGGUUUUGUUUUUACAGGAAAUCUUCACCAAUAAGGUAGUUGCAGUAAGAUAGUCACUGUUUCUGACUGCUUAAAGACUGAAAAUCGAUUUUUGAAAACUUGCAAUUUUUAGAUAGAAAUAAAUCCUUCGAAAGAUCAUCUUUCUAAGUGAUCAACGAGCUGGCUUCUCCUGUGCUCUAACAAUUUUAAACGAAGUCCAAUGCUUCUCAGACUUUACACAUCAUCCCAAAAGUAUGCUUCAAUAAAGUGAGUGUUAGGCUAAUGCAAUCAAUUUAUUUAGAAUAUUAUUCCUGGCUUUUCCUUCAUUAUUUCAAUGAAAUUAAAAGUUAUUAAAAAGUAAUAUUUUAUAAUCCUGAAAAAUUAAUUUUGAUCAAUGUGGGUUAUUAUAGUCCUCAAAAUAUUAUUAAAAGGGCAAUCUUUCCCCAUAUCUUCUUCAAUUUCGCGCACUGAUUGGGGCACAAAAGCAAGCCAAAA